GUGGCGGACGGUCGUGUUCACUGCGAAAAGUAUUUUAACUUAAUUUAUUUUUACCUGUUCAUAGUAAACUCAACCAUCUUCCUAAGCAAAUUAAGUUUAUUUUCAUUUAAAAACAUUCCGAUCAUUACCUGUGAAUUGCACUUGGUUACUACCAAAGAUUAAAAAAUCAAUACAGACGAGACAAUGUUUCGUUCACCGAACAAAUUGCACAAUUCGGAAUCAGACCUAACAAAUGUGAAGGAGACAAGUGGAACUGGAACAUCCUAUGUAAUUACCCGUAAGCGAAAACAUGAUCAAGAUCUGGAAGAAUUAUUCCGCUUAUUUACAAAGGACAUGCAGGAUACAAUAAAGAACUGGAAAACAGAUUUCAAUAAAGAAUUAACGAAAAAUACUAAGGAACUGAAACUGGAAAUAAAUAAUGUUCGUAAAGAAUAUCAAGAAAUGAAAUCCAGUAUUAAGGAUCUUAAUGUUAAACAGACUGAGAUAGCCCAAGAGGUCAAAAUUCUACAGAAUUCCUUUCAGUAUCAUAGUGAUCAAUACGAUGACUUUAACUUGAAGAUAACUCAGGUUACUAAUGACAUCAAAAAACUUGAAAUCAUGGAAAAGACAGUGGAAGAAGUAAAUCGGCAAAAUAUUAAAUUGCAAAGAGAUCUAAAUGCAAAUGAACAAAGAGAAAGACAAUCAAACGUGGAAGUUAUUGGUAUUCCAGAAACUAUCAAUGAAGAUCUACGUAGUUACAUGUCGAAAAUAGCUACCAAAGCGGGGCUACAGAUAUCCUUGGAUGACAUUCUUGAAGUUCAUAGAAUCACACCCAAAGUCCGAAUUCAAGGACGUCCUAGAAUGAUUAUUCUAAAAUUGAAAUCAAGACUUCUAAAGGAUAAUUUCAUUUCUAAGGUUCGCAAGUAUCAUCCCACAACUAAAGAUAUCGGAUUACCAGGUGAUGCGAAGUCAAUCUUUGUUUAUGAAAAUUUAACAACCUAUAACAAAGGCUUGUUGAAGAAAAUCAAAGAUAUCGCAAAAUCUAAGCAGUACCAAUUUAUAUGGGUAAAAAAUGGCAAAAUAUAUGUCAGAAAAAGCGAUACAUUUCCAGCUAUACAUAUAAACUCCGAAGAAGAUUUUACAAAACUUUAAAGUGUGCUUCAUGGACGUCUCAUAAGUAUGUAGCAUCAUUCGAUAUUUAUAAAAUUAACUCUCUGUGUGCUGAACGUAUUUUUCUACUCUCAUACUUCUUUCGUGCCCUGUCUGUUCUUAUAAUCUAUGAGUACACUAAUACAAAAGUGGUUAUUACUAAUACUGUAAGUGCAUCGUUAUUAUUCGUGCGCGGAAUAAGUGUGCAACCGGAAUCUCCGGUGAGAAUACUACGAAAUAAUAUGCUUUCCGGUGACACUUGUAAUUGCGUA